UGCAACAGCAGCCAGUGGUAUAGAGGGGCCAUCCACACCCACAACCUGUGUGCCGGCUAUCCGCAGGGCGGCAUCGACACCUGCCAGGGUGACAGUGGUGGUCCUCUUGUGUGCAAAGAUAACAGUGCCGACUACUUCUGGCUUGUUGGAGUGACCAGCUGGGGGAAAGGCUGCGCGAGAGCAAAACAGCCGGGAGUCUACACCUCCACUCAGCACUUUUACAACUGGAUCCUGGUCCAGAUGGGACUGCGCCCAGCAGUAACAGCUACUCCAGCGCCACAGCCCGUCUUCACCUCAACCCCCUUUCAGAGGCCAAGGCCAAUACCAACGCAAUCGGGCAGGUUUCCACCCUGCCCGUUUCCACGCCAGAAGCUGGUGGAAUUCUUUAAUCUGCUGCAGGAGCUCCUGCAGGUCCUCAGGGGAAAAAAAGCUUGA